UGAUCGAAACAUGGAGAAUGCCCCUGAAACGGAAAGAGCAACUCGUGAUUAAAGUAAACAUAAACUAGUUGUUUAUUUCUCUAUUGCUCAAUGAUUUUGUCUACAAAUUAUAUUUGAUCUGUUAAAACUGUGUAUAGAAUUAUACUCAGUAUGGUUUAAGUAUGACGGCUACUUAACUGUAUCUUUUAAACGAUAAAGAGGAAGUUAGAAGUCAAAGAUUAGGCCCAGAGAUGGACGAUCCUUUGGGAGCUCGGUCGGACUGUGUAGACUUAAAGGAACUGACGAGAUGGAAUCUUACACAACUACCCAUGACAUCAGAAGAAAAAGAUGCCGACAUAUCGCCUUUUCCAUGGAGAAAUGAUCUCAAUUCGAAACUUAUUUUGUGGUGCGGUGAUAUAACUCGUCUUUUGGUGCAUGGAAUCGUGAACUUGACCAAUGAGCGACUGGACGCAAAACUCCCCGAGACUGAGAUAAUUUAUCAGAAAGGUGGUCCUGACUUAGUAGCAGAAAUCAGGAACAAUGUCAGGAUUUGUAAAACAGGAGAGGCGAAGACAACAAAAGGACAUAAGCUUCCAGCUCGUUUUGUUAUUCACACUGUUGGUCCCCGAUAUAACAUUAAAUACAUAACUGCCGCAGAGAGUGCUCUGUUCAGCUGUUACAGAAGUGUUCUGGGCCAAGUCAGAGAGCAUCAAAUGAAAUCCGUGGCCAUUCCUUGUCUUCACUCCAUGAGACGGGGCUACCCAAUCGAGGAUGGAGCCCACAUUGCAAUCAGAACUGUGCGGAGAUUCCUAGAGAAAUAUGUAGAUGAUGUUGACUCUGUGAUAUUUGUGUGCAAUGAAGAUACAGUGGAUGCCUACAUGAAGAUUCUCCCGCUGUAUUUCCCCCGCAGUAGUCAGGAGGAGGUGGAUGCCAUUAAACUGCUUCCGGAGGACAUUGGAAAUGAGAACGGAGAACCCAUUAUUCCUGAAAGACAGAUUCGGAUCAUGGAUAAACCCAUGCUGGCUUCCAUGAGGAACAGUGAUGAUUUGGAUGAACUUGAACAGACGAUAGAUUUAAACAAGGAAUUUGGAACAUCGACAGUUGUUGAGGUCGGCAGACAUCCAUUCGCUCAGAUGCAGAGUAAUCCAGAUGAAGUGAAGAUAACCUCCAUGUCCAGUUAUACUACAGCUGAACAGAGACAACUAGAAAACAAGCGGAGAUACGAAAGGCUACUGAAGAGGUCUAGAGUGGAAGACUUGACCGAUAUCGCAGCACUUAAAUGUAUCUACCGAACAGGAGUGGACCGGUUUGGGCGACCUGUCCUUAUACUGGUGGGGAAACACUUCCCAGCAAACACCAUCAACAUGGAACGAGCGUUGCUGUACCUGAUUCGUGUGAUGGAGCCCAUUGUUGAGUCUGAUUACAUCAUUGUAUACUUCCACACACAAACCAGUGCAGAUAACCAUCCAGACAUGGCCUUCCUGAAACAAGUGUACUCCAUCCUAGACAACAAAUACAGAAAAAAUAUGAAAGCUUUUUACAUAAUCCAUCCAACAUGGUGGUCAAAGUUGGCCACCUGGUUUUUCACGACAUUCACAGCAUCAGACAUUAAGAACAAAGUGAUUAGUAUGAGAGGCGUGCAGUACUUAUAUGGUACUAUCUUUCCCGAUCAGCUGGACAUUCCAUCUUUUGUCAUCAACUAUGACAUUGAGAUAAACGGUCCACGGUACUAUGAACCACCAAACGAGGCAGGAGCAGAAGCUUUGUGACGGGAAUGGAACUUGAAAACAGAAAAACUGCAAGAAUAGUAUUGUUAGUGAUAUAGUGAACAGUACUGCUCAUUCAGCCUCACUCAAUGUGAUUUUCUGCAAUACCUGUGCUAAAUGAGACUAAUUGCUUAUAGUGCUAAAAGCAAUGCCAUGUCAACUGAUUAAUACUCAGGACUUUUUUUGGAGUGUAUGUGGAAUGGAGUGAAUGGAGUCUGGCAGACUAACGUGUUGUACAUGUUCAUAUCAACUGUUUUCUUAACUAAUAUGUUUAAUUUACUGUAUUAUAGGCAAUGCCAUAUAGAUCACAUACUCUUCAUUCAUGUACUUUGGUUAAAAUAAUGCUGAAUGUACUGUUUGUUGAAACUUGUGAAUAUCAUAUUUAAUUUAAGUACACUAAAAUUAAAACUACCAUACUUUAAGGAAGAUAAAAUGUUUGCCAAAGUUUAAUAGAAUGUAGUCCAGUAUAUUAUUACAAACUAUAAUGUACAUGUAAUUCAUCAGUAUGUUGACAAAAUUAGAUGAUUAUACCAAAGUUUUGCAUUGACUAGAUAAGUAUGUAUAGAUGUCCUCUUGAGUGUCAGAGCAGAGAUGUAUCUUUCUUUGAGCUGUAUUAAAAAGAGUCCCUAAUUUCAUAAGAGAUUUUGAUGAAUACAUUGUACCAUGUCUUCAUUUCAUUUCAAAUAAGUUUUUAACAUAUCAAUGUAUCAAUCACAGCAGUAUUAGUAGUAAUAAAAAAUUUUAAAUCCAAAGAUUAACAGUAACCAAUGCGAUUCGAUGACGAAAAACAAAAACAAACAAAAUACUUUUUGCUUUGAAAUUUUAUGUAUAUUGGAUUUUUGUUUGAACCAUUUCAUGACCUUGUAUUGUAGAUGAAGGAGUGUUCUACACUCUGGUUAUAAUAGUUACCCCAUUUCUACAUUUGUGUUAUGGUUUGUUGAACUAUUUUACCAAUGAGUUCAAACAAUGAGUUCAAUGUAAUCCAGUGUUUAAUAUGCUGAUACUCGCGUAAACCAAAAACUAUAAUAAUUGUUUUGCUUGUUAUUGCACUUGAUAAGGAAGACAACUCCCAUUAGUGUAAAAUGAAUUAUUUCACGUGAUUGUUUUGCCACUCAAAAACGAUUUUGUCAACAUUAUGCCUGCAAGGGAAGUAUAAAGAAUUUUUCUUCCAUCUAAAUGAAGGUUUCUGUGAAAAAUCAUGAUGAAUAUUUUGAAAGCAAAUAGAGUAUGACGAAUUGAUAAGUUCAUCACAUGUCAGGUUCAUGUACAUUUUUCAUUACAAAAAAUUAAAAAUAUCUUAUCUGAAAUAUAUUUAUUUUUAAAGGUACUGUGUACAUAAUAAAAUCAAACAAUGUGUAUUAUCUGAUAUGUAUUUAAUUGAAUGGUUAUUGUGUAACUAUAAUACAUGUUGGUGAAUAAACCUGGCGUUGUAAUUGUCUAUAAAUGAAAACGAAAAUAAAAUUGCAAAUGUGA